AUGGAAGAUAUAGACGACCAGACCAGAACAACGGAAGAAACGCCAAAGACGGAAGAGGAAAAAAUAACUACAGCGUCCGCCGCGGAGGAUGAAACCGAGGAAGAAGUACGUCCUCCUUGUAGGCGCCUUACUGAGGGUGAAAUUGAUGUUGACGAAGCUGAAAGUGAAAGCAGUGAUACCGAGGACGAGGCGCUGGCACCAGGAGGGACUAGGUCGUCUACCCUUCCGGCCGAGAGAGCCGCGGAGGACUGUCGUCUCUCUGCAAAACAAAUCACAACUGAAGAAUUUGCACUCUUUCCCUUUCUUCAGACAGCUAGUCGCCCUCUUCGGGAAGCUUUCUUAAUUGCUCGAAAUUCCGCGUGUUUGCUGUGGGUCGAGGACCCGACUACCCAGGUCACGUCUGACCGACUUGUCGGCUUCCUGGUAACUAGCCUGAACACUGAUGAUAUACGUGUUAUGUAUGAGGCUGGUCUGACUGCGCCUCUCCUGUCGAAGUCGGCCUCAACGGUGUCCGUGGGAUCAACUGCUCCGAGUAACGGAACCCGUUCAUUUUCUCCGCCGGCCAGCUGGUCUCCCUGGUCAACGCAAACAUCCCGUUUAAAUCUGGAACGCCUUGCCUACUUGGCUGUGCUAUUUUUGGAGAGAUUUGGCUACAUCAACUAUGGCAUUUUCAAGCUGCUUUCGCCUCCGCUCACACGAUUUACACCAGGCAACAAAUUUGGAGUCGGGAUGCCCGGCGCAACGGAGACCCCCCUGUCCCCGCUACGCAGGGCCGGCACGCCGGCGUCUGCUCGUCGCAGCCUCACUAACACCCCCGAGAAGCAGUCGACCAACAUCGCC